ACUCAGUUUUGUUCAGACUGUCGGCCAGCAGCAGCAGCAGGAGCAGUCCCGGAGAGAGUGAAGUGGGGAGAAACAGCCACAGACAAGUGUCCCGUCCCGAAGAAAACGGCUCUGUCCGGGAAUAAACUAAAAAGCUUUCGUGUGUUUCGACAGGUUUGCUCCAUCGUUGUUCUGAUAGCAGGAGGCAAGGAUGGCAAUGCAGAUGGGUGAGCGUGACAGCGGCAUGAUGAAAGUGGCGCAGUGGCAGCAGACAAUGUAUAGCACAGACUCAGGCAUCCAGUCUGGAGCCACCACAGUCAGAGAUGACGAAGGCGAGUUCAUCACCUCCAAGCAGUACACCGUGACGACCACUGUCACAAAGGAAGAGCCUGACAUGGAGUUCACCACAAGAGCCCAGCGGGUGCGUGCUGCAAUGUUCCCAGAGACUCUGGAGGCAGGCACCACCAUCUUGUCGACUCAAACAGACCCGUCCCAAAUGACCAAUGUUCAGCGACUUGCCGAGCCUUCCCAGAUGCUCAAGACGGCCAUCAUCCAUCUGAUUAACUACCAGGACGACGCUGAGCUGGCCACACGUGCCGUGCCAGAGCUCACCAAACUGCUCAACGAUGAAGAUCAGGUGGUGGUCAGCAAGGCAGCACAGAUUGUCAACCAGCUUACUCGCAAGGAGGCGUCACGGCGUGCGCUGAUGCAGUCCCCUCAGAUGGUGGCUGCAGUGGUGCGGGCAAUGCAGAACACAAGUGACAUGGAGACGGCGCGGGCCACAGCCAGCAUUCUCCACAACCUGUCCCACCAGAGAGAGGGCCUGCUCUCCAUCUUCAAGUCAGGAGGCAUUCCUGCUUUAGUCCGCAUGCUCAGCUCUCCAAUGGAGUCUGUGCUCUUCUAUGCCAUCACUACACUUCACAACCUGCUGCUGCACCAGGAAGGAGCAAAGAUGGCCGUACGUCUAGCUGAUGGCCUGCAGAGGAUGGUUCCCCUGCUGAAUAAGAGCAACCCCAAGUUCCUGGCCAUUACCACGGACUGUCUGCAGCUGCUGUCCUAUGGCAACCAGGAGAGCAAGCUCAUCAUCCUUGCAAACAGGGGUCCUGAGGGACUAGUUCACAUCAUGAGAAACUACAGCUAUGAGAAGCUGCUGUGGACCACAAGCCGUGUGCUCAAAGUCCUCUCUGUGUGCCCCAGCAACAAACCCGCCAUUGUCGAGGCUGGUGGGAUGCAGGCUCUGGGUAAGCACCUCACAGGCUCCAGCCAGCGUCUGAUGCAGAACUGUCUGUGGACGCUUAGAAACCUGUCUGAUGCUGCCACCAAGGAGGAGGGUAUGGACAGCCUGCUGCAAGUGCUGGUGGGCCUCCUUAGUUCAGACGACCUGAAUAUGCUCACUUGUGCCACAGGCAUCCUGUCAAACCUCACAUGCAACAAUGCCUACAAUAAAACUCUGGUCACCCAGAGCAACGGUGUGGAGGCACUGAUCCAUGCCAUACUGCGUGCUGGUGAGAAGGAGGAUGUGACCGAACCUGCCAUUUGCGCUCUGCGCCACCUGACUUCACGCCACCAACAGGCUGAGGUCGCGCAGAAUGCUGUGAGGAAACACUACGGCAUCCCCGCCAUCGUCAAGCUGCUCAACCAACCCUACUACUGGCCUGUCGUCAAGGCUGUGGUUGGCUUGGUCCGCAACCUGGCCCUGUGCCCAGAGAACCAGGCCCCUCUGAGGGACGCUGGAGUGAUCCCACGUCUGGUCAACCUGCUGCUCAAAUCCCACCAGGAUGCCCAGAAACAUGGUUCAUCCGCCCAGCAGACGUACCAGGAUGGAGUGAGGAUGGAGGAGAUUGUGGAGGGCUGCACAGGAGCUCUGCACAUCCUGGCCAGAGAUCCCAUCAGCAGAACAGAGAUCGCCAACCUGCAGACCAUUCCUCUGUUUGUUCAGCUUCUCUACUCUCCAGUGGACAAUGUGAAGCGUGUGGCAGCAGGCGUCCUGUGUGAGCUGGCUCUGGACAAACAGUCAGCUGAGGUCAUUGACAGCGAGGGAGCGUCGGCUCCGCUGAUGGAGCUGCUGCACUCCAACAACGAGGGCAUCGCCACAUAUGCUGCAGCUGUGCUCUUCCGCAUCUCCGAGGACAAGAACUCAGACUACAAGAAGCGAGUGUCUGUGGAGCUCACACACUCUCUCUUUAAACACGACCCUGCAGCCUGGGAGAUGGCCCACAACAGUGCCCCCAUGGAUGGACCCUAUGCAGAUGAGCUGGAUGUUGGUUUCCAAGGCUACGGAGGCUAUGCAGGUGACAUGCCCAUGGAUGGCAUGGAUGGAACAAUGAUUCCAGAGGAUUACGCAGGCAGCAUGGCCUAUGACAGACAACCAUACCCUGAGUACUGACCUGAAAGACCCCGAGGAGAGCGACAAGUGGAAGAAGGAAGUGCAGGAGCUGACAUGGGACGCAAUGGGACAAAGAAGAGAAUAUAGUCAUGAGUAGAGAUUAUUCCCUCUGCUCUCAGCCUGAUGUAACAUAUGCAAUUAUCACUGAGUACAGGACUCAUAAUCUUAACAGGGCUCAACUUUGUUUUAUAGCAUAAUUUUGCUGACUAUAAUUCUGACAGUGACAACGUUUGUAGGUUUCUGUUAGAGAACCUUUUUAAAGUGCGUGUGUGUGUGUGUGUGUGUGUGGGCACAUCUAAGUCUGUGCGUAUGUGAGUGUGUGUUUAUGCUUUCGGGUGGGUAUUAUGCCAAAGAGAUUUUAUUUUGUGAUGAUAAUCAUGUAGCUUCCUUUUUUUUUUAAAGAAAAAGAGAGAAAGAAGAGGAUAAUAGUUGAAAACACUGCCACAGGUGGCUCAACGUGCACGGUGCACCUGCUCACCGCUCUGUUUCUUUUCUUAACGCCUUUGUAACACACACUGCUGUCUAUGCUGUAGUUUUGACACUAUAUACUGUCAACUUUCUCCCCGCUGUGACCCAACACAAAGAGUCAGCGGCACUAAUUCAGUAGGAGUAAACAAACAAGGAGAUGUGGAGGUUUGUGACAGACUUUCGAGAGAGCAGUGUAGGGCUGCCCCCCCCAAUCCCCCACCCCGCCGCCCAACUAUUAUGUAGUUAUCAGCUGACAUGUUUUCGGAGUGUAGAUGUUUGUUUUUAGGGUUAGUUUCUCAUCUUUUCUAAGUUAUUAUCAGUCAUUACCGGAAUAUUAACAGAGAUGUCUUUCCAUUGAAACUGAAUUUUAAAGACAAAAUCAUAUGUGAUUGUAAUUACCUGCAGGACAACAACUAGGUAGUUUUAUAGAUGCGCUCAGCAGAUGUGAGAAAACGUAGUCGGGGACAGCCCUACAGCUGGAGCGAACUACUGACAGGAAAUUUUUUCUUUCUACUUAAUAAGAGUUUUUACUGAAAUUUUGUUUAAUAAAAAUAAAGGAUAUAUUAAACAUA